UGCUUUGCUUUGUCUUGUUCAUCACCCUUUCCUUCGUCACUAGGCUGUUCGCCGGGGAGCCCGUGGAGGAGGAGGAGCAGCAGGAGCAGCAGCAGGCGAUGUGAGAUUGAUCUCCUCGUUGCCCACCCGCCGCCUGUUUUCCCCCACAUUGCAUCGGGAUCAUGCUGAAGGGAGUCUUGGGCAGCGUUGCAAUGGAGUCUCCGUCGCCUGUGGUGGAUAUGGGAGUUUUGGACCCCGACCUGCUGCAGCUCCCUGCGGACUUCUCCUCUGCAUCUCCUUCCCCUACCCAUUCUUCGUCCGCAUCCUUGCACGGAGCCAGCAAGCCUGGAGCACUCUGUAAGUUGCUCUUGGACGAGCUUUUCGCGCAAUGGAUUUCGCUGCCCGACGCGCAACGUCUGGUUUCGAAUCUUCUGGAAGAAGCGAAAGCUGGAGCAGGACCCCUCAACGUUGGCUCAUCACUUUUGCCAACUCAUCUUUCUGUAGCAGUGGGGAAUACUCCGCCAUUGUCUCCUCGAAGCUCUGGAUCUCCAAUGUCUCCAAGGUCUCCUUUCAGCAGACGAGCAGGAACUAGUCACUUGAUGCGGGACUCUCCGUUGAAGAAAAGUAGUGAACCUAUUCGAGAAAUCAUACCCCAGUUUUAUUUUCCGCAUGGACCUCCGCCAUCGAAGGAUACGACCGAAUCAUGCAUGGCUCGCAUUAAUCAGAUAUUUGGAGCCCAUCCAGAAGGUCUACCUGCAUCAGCUUUUACAAGUGUCACCAAGGAUGUCUGCAAGUUGCCAUCCUUCUUUUCAAGUUGUUUAUUCAGAAAGAUCGAUGUCAACAAUUCAGGCCUAGUGACGAGGGACAAGUUCAUAGAAUAUUGGGUGGACCAAAAUAUGCUAGCUAUGGACACUGCAACUCGCAUUUUUACUAUUUUGAAGCAAACUGACAAGAAUUUCCUCAGACAGGAGGACUUUAGGCCUAUUUUAAGAGAAUUGCUGUUGACGCAUCGCGGUUUGGAAUUUCUUCAUGAUACCCCAGAGUUUCAAGACAGAUAUGCUGAAACUGUGAUCUACAGAAUAUUCUACCAUGUAAAUAAAUCUGGGAAUGGUCGGCUACAACUUAGAGAGUUAAAACGGAGUAACUUAAUUACUGCUCUUCAGCAAGUGGAUGAAGAAGAAGAUAUCAACAAAGUGUUGCGGUACUUCUCAUAUGAACAUUUUUAUGUCAUAUAUUGCAAAUUCUGGGAGCUGGAUUCAGAUCACGACUUUUUGAUAGACAAAGAUGACCUUCUUCGAUAUGGAAAUCAUGCUCUCACCUACCGAAUCGUGGAGCGUAUCUUUUCCCAGGUUCCAAGAAAGUUCACCAGCAAAGUAGAGGGGAAGAUGGGUUAUGAGGACUUCGUGUGGUUCAUUCUUUCAGAAGAGGACAAGUCUUCAGAACCUAGCUUAGAAUACUGGUUCAAAUGUGUGGACCUGGAUUGUGAUGGUGUGAUAACACCAAAUGAGAUGCAAUAUUUUUAUGAGGAGCAACUUCAUCGGAUGGAGUGCAUGGCUCAGGAGCCUGUUCUUUUUGAGGAUAUCGUUUGUCAAAUGGCAGACAUGAUAGGACCUGCGAAAGAGGGGCAACUGACACUUAAGGAUUUGAAGCGAUGUAAAUUGUCUGGGAACUUCUUCAAUAUACUCUUCAAUCUCAAUAAGUUCGUUGCUUUUGAGACUCGUGACCCCUUCCUCAUCCGUCAGGAGAGAGAGGACCCAUCAUUAACCGAGUGGGAUCGGUUUGCACACAUGGAGUACAUUCGGCUUUCAACAGAGGAAGAUGGUGAGGAUGCUUCCAACGGCAGUGCUGAAGUCUGGGAUGAGCCUGGCUAUGAAGCUCCAUUCUAACCUUUCGUUCUCUCACAACGUUCAGACAUUUGAAGCUUCAAAGCAGACGAUGACGGCAUAAUGAAAUGCCUGCUGAGUUUUUUAGAAACUGGUCUGUGCAACCCUUAAAUGGUUUUCCUUUUAAAUCGUCGAGCAUUUUGUUUGAGUGAGCAUCCUACCUCGAGGACCUGGGCUUUAUUGAAACACCAUACAAUGCAUGUGACAUUUGUACAGUUUGCAAAUGACAGCACUGCAUCUCCUAAAUGUCCUGUCUCUCAGGUCACCAGCUCGCCAUGUACAGGUGCUACCUUAAAACCAAUUUCUUGUGCAAGAACCAAGGACAACUCCACUAUGACAACCAACAAAUUGAGGCCUAUUUCUGCGAAGGUCCGCUGUCAGAAAUCUAUCUACUCGCUUGCUCAACAAGUUAGUUUGCCUUGGUAUAGGCCGCUGAGGUAGCCCUCUUGGCUUCAGGGCCAUUUUGUUUGUGACGGUGUAGUUACUGCAGUGGAAUUGGUGUUGGACAUCUCUGGCCUUCUGAAAUUUUUGUAGGUCCUUCGAUGCUCUCCGCAACAUUAUAUGGCUGAUUUUCUACGCAUGUAGCAGCCUGUCUAGGAUGGUUACGUGGACAUGGUCCUGUUACUGAUAUCGGGCCGGAACCAUGUAGUAGUUGAACAGGUAGGCAGUAAGAUCCGCACUACACCUAAUUCCAUGUUCUAAUUUUUUUAUUCCUGUAGAACUUACGUUUCAGAUUCUAGUCGAUAACCUUCAACUUUUGACUGGUUCAGUUUAAGAUUGGGAAUAGUAUUAGAUAGUGAAAUGGUUCCUCCGCGUUGCUAAAUACUGCAGGAAGCAGCCAUCUGUUCAAAUGAAUGGGUGAUUGCUCCCAUUGGCUUACAGUUUGAGGUGCCUUGGACAGGUUCAACAGAAAUCUAUGUCAAUGUGUAAACUACUUGCACUUUUAUAUGGCAUUCAGAAUGUCCUGAUUGCUUAUAGACUCUACCUUAGACUCAUCAUUGGACCCCAAAUCAAUUAUAUUAGGUUUUUAAUUC